ACCUAGCCACAUUUUUCUUGCUUUUGUUGGACUUAUAUAGCUAGUCAAAAUUCAAAGAUAUAGCCUCCCUUGGCUCAACAACUCCAUUUCUAAUCCCUGUAAGUAUACCCCACACUCAAUUAAAGGCAAAUUGGUACCCCACACAUAUUCAAAUAUUCAACACAAACUCGUUGAACCCAACAUUCUUUCUUCCAACAAACAAUUCAAAUAUCUCAACACAUAUACCUACUGCAUGUGGAAAUGGAGACGACCGCGCCGCGCAACCAUCCCACAUUAAAACAGCUCAUGCACAGCGGCGGCGACGGCGACGGCAGCGGCAACGGAGUCUCCCCUCGGCGGAAGCCUCUAAUCCACAAACACAAGCAAGAAGAAGAAGAAGAGGAGGUAAAGUUAGCUGCCUUAGCAAUCAGCUUCAACAUGAGGCUGAGGUCCGCCGACAUGCCGCUACCCAUGCAAGAGCGCGCCCUCCGCCACGCCCGAGCCCUUCUCGACGCGGCCGCCCACCGCCGCCGCCCCAACCCGACCCUCCUCGCCCGCUCCCUCAAGAAGGAAUUUGACUCGGUGUAUGGGCCGGCGUGGCACUGCGUGGCCGGGAAGAGUUUCGGAUCGUUCGUGACUCACACACCGGGUGGAUUUCUCUACUUCUCGGUUGACUCACUUUCCUUUCUACUUUUCAAGACGGAGGUUCAUCCCAUCUCACAAACAUCUUGAUUAUGUUGAGUCUAAACACACUAAAAAAAUUUGCGUUGUGAUUUGUGUAUAAACUAAACAUUAUAAUUUCCAAUACAGUUUUUUAUUUAACAUGCCUAAACGGAUUAAUUUGGA